AGAACCCAAUUAAGUCAAAAACCAAAGAACAAGCCGGUGCAAAGAUGAAACCAUCCGCCAUUACGCUGAUAACGAUCGUGAUGGGAGUGCUCCUGCAGAUGCACUGCAUCCAGGGCCAGAACCAGGCGUUCGAUCUCACCAAGCUGCUGCCCAAAACAGGAGCGGAGCCCGUCUGGGCGGUGAUCGAUCGCAACUUGCCGCAGGUGCAGGAGAUGAUCAGCGCGGCCAGGAAGGAGUGCGUCCAGAAGCUCAACCUUCCCAGAGAUCAGCGGCCGCUGAUGAAGGUGUCCAAUCCCAGCGAGAAGGAGAAGUGCCUCGCGGAGUGCGUGCUUAAGAAGAUCAAACUGAUGGACGAGAACAACAAGCUAAACAUUGGUCAGGUGGAGAAGCUGACCAGCCUGGUGACCCAGGACAACAAGGUGGCCAUCGCCGUCAGCAGCAGCAUGGCCUCGGCCUGCAACCGGGGCAUCUCCUCCAAGAACGCCUGCGAGGCGGCCCACUUUUUCAACCAGUGCAUCGGUCGCCAGUUGGAGCGCAACAACGUGAAGCUGGUCUGGUAGGGCAAAGGGAUUAUCUUCUACUAAAAUUGAACCACUAAAAUUUAACUAAAGUGCGGGAAUGUGAACAAUACUCCAAGUACAUGGGCCAUACUAUUAAUUAUAACUUAUAAUAUGAUCUGGUGAAGAUUCGUUCAUAUUAUUCGUAAACUGAUAAAAAAAACGUAGUAAGUCCAAGGACUACAUAUUUAAUUUAAACAUUUUCGCUUUGACUUUCAUUAAAUGCGGUGUUUUUUUAUUUUGAAUAUAGAAAUAUUUAGUUUAACAACUAUAACUAAUUUAGGCAUUUUAAACUUUGAUUUGCUAUGAAACUUUGAAAUUAAACUUAAAUAUUAAAUACGAAUAUUUAAAAUCAAUAAGAAGAUAAUUAUUUUUACCAUUCCGUUUUUCUAUCAGUGUACCAAAAAUACUACAUGCAUUCACAAAAUUGUUAUAAUGUGAACUGUACUCCAAGUAUUUUGUAUUAAUCAUUAGAAUGAUUCAACAAAUGUUUUUAGUUUUAACAAAAGGUUGUUUAGUUUGCAGAAUAAUAUUAAUAAAAUCUAAAAAUAUAAAAA